AUUCCAAUAGUUUAGUUUCUGAAAAGGACAGCACCCAGCAUUACCCCCUCCUCCAUUCACCCCACCCCAGUAGCACUCGCCAGAUUGGAGCCCUGGACUUAAUUUAUGAGAAAGGCCCUGUAACCCAGGAUAUUGACUGAACAGAGCUGGCAGACUCACGCUGGGGUCUGCAGUUCAGCAUCCCUAGGCUGCUGACAUGAAUAUAGAAGGGUUUUCUGUAGCAAAGCAGCUAUUCAUUUGCCUGUUUCCCAGAGUAAAGUGGGCCAUGGAGCCAGGCCAUUUCCUCUGGGCUCUGCUCUUGAUGCAAUCCUUGUGGCCCCAGCUGACUGAAGGGGCCACUCGAGUCUACUACCUGGGCAUCCAGGACGUGCAGUGGAACUAUGCUCCCAAGGGAAGGAAUGUCAUCACGAAUCAGCCUCUGGACAGUGACACAGUAGCUUCCAGCUUCCUAAAGUCUGACAAGAACCGGAUAGGAAGCAGCUACAAGAAGACUAUCUACAAAGAAUACAGUGAUGGCUCAUACAUGCAUGAAAUGGCCCAGCCUGCCUGGUUGGGCUUCCUGGGGCCAGUGUUGCAGGCUGAGGUGGGAGAUGUCAUCCUUAUUCACCUGAAGAAUUUUGCCACUCGUCCCUAUACUAUCCACCCCCAUGGUGUUUUCUAUGAGAAGGACUCAGAAGGCUCCCUAUACCCAGAUGGCUCCUCUGGUCAGCUGAAAGCUGAUGACUCUGUUCCCCCGGGAGGCAACCAUAUCUACAACUGGACCAUUCCAGAAAGCCAUGCACCCACUGAUGCUGACCCAGCAUGCCUCACCUGGAUCUACCAUUCUCAUGUAGAUGCUCCACGAGAUAUUGCAACUGGCCUCAUUGGACCGCUUAUCACCUGUAAAAGAGGAACCCUGGAUGGGAACUCCCCUCCUCGGCGGCAAGACGUGGACAAUUCCUUCUUCCUGCUCUUCAGUGUGGUAGAUGAGAAUCUUAGCUGGCAUAUCAACGAGAACAUCGUCACUUACUGCUCAGACCCUGCUUCAGUGGACAAAGAAGAUGAGGCCUUUCAAGAGAGCAAUAGAAUGCAUGCAAUCAAUGGCUUUGUAUUUGGGAACUUACCAGAGUUGAACAUGUGUACACAGAAGCGUGUGGCCUGGCACUUGUUUGGCAUGGGCAACGAAGUAGAUGUCCACACAGCUUACUUCCAUGGACAGAUGCUGACCAUCCGGGGCCACCGCACUGAUGUGGCUCACAUGUUUCCAGCCACCUUUGUGACUGCUGAGAUGGUGCCCCAGAAACUUGGCACCUGGUUAAUAAGCUGUCAAGUUAAUAGUCACUUGCAAGGUGGCAUGCAAGCACUCUACAAUAUCAAGUCUUGCUCCAUGGCCCCUCCCAUGAACCUACUAACAGGAAAAGUUCGGCAGUACUUCAUUGAGGCUCAUGAGAUUCAAUGGGACUAUGGCCCAACGGGUCAUGAUGGAAGUACUGGGAAGAAUCUGAGAGAGCCAGGCAGUGGCUCAGAAAAAUUCUUCCAGAAGAGCUCCAGCCGAAUUGGGGGCACUUACUGGAAAGUUCGAUAUGAAGCCUUCCAAGAUGAAACAUUCCAGGAAAAGGUACAGAUGGAGGAAGAUGAGCAUCUUGGAAUCCUGGGGCCAGUGAUCCGGGCCGAGGUGGGCGACACCAUCCAGGUGGUCUUCUACAACCGUGCCUCCCACCCAUUCAGUAUGCAGCCUCAUGGGGUCUUUUAUGAGAAGGACUACGAGGGAACUGUAUACAAUGAUGGCUUAUCCCACUCUGGCUUGGUGGCCAAGCCCUUUGAGAAAGUAACAUAUCUCUGGACAGUACCCCCCCACGCAGGCCCCACUGCUCAGGAUCCUGCCUGUCUCACUUGGAUGUAUUUUUCUGCUGUGGAUCCAAAAAAAGAUACAAAUUCUGGUCUGGUGGGCCCCCUGCUGGUGUGCAAGGCUGGUGCCUUGGAUGCAGAUAGCAAACAGAAAGGGGUGGAUAAAGAAUUCUUUCUCCUUUUUACUGUGUUGGAUGAGAACAAGAGCUGGUACAGCAAUACCAAUCAAGCAACUGCUAUGUUGGAUUCCCGACUACUCUCAGAGGAUGUCAUAGGUUUCCAAGACUCCAAUCGGAUGCAUGCCAUUAACGGGUUUCUAUUCUCUAACCUGCCCAGGCUGGACAUGUGCAAGGGUGACACAGUGGCCUGGCAUCUGCUUGGCCUGGGUACAGAGACUGACGUGCACAGUGUCAUGUUCCAGGGCAAUAAUGUGCAGCUUCAAGGCAUGAGAAAGAGUACAGCCAUGCUCUUUCCUCACACUUUUGCCAUGGCCAUCAUGCAGCCCGACAACCCCGGGAUAUUUGAGAUUUACUGCCAGGCAGGCAGCCAUAGAGAAGCAGGGAUGAGGGCAAUCUACAAUGUCUCCCAGUGUCCUGGCCGCCAAGCCACCCCUCGCCAACACUACCAGGCUGCAAGAACCUACUAUAUCAUGGCAGAAGAGGUUGAGUGGGACUAUUGCCCUGACAGGAGCUGGGAACUGGAAUGGCACAACCAGUCUGAGAAGGACAGUUAUGGUCACAUCUUUCUGAGCAACAAGGAUGGGCUACUGGGUUCCAGAUACAAGAAAGCUGUAUUUAGGGAGUACACUGAUGGUACAUUCAGGAUCCCCAAGCCAAGGAUUGGACCAGAAGAGCACUUGGGAAUCUUAGGUCCACUUCUCAGAGGAGAGGUUGGUGACAUCCUCACUGUUGUGUUCAAGAAUAACGCAAGCCGCCCCUACUCUGUGUAUGCCCAUGGAGUGCUAGAAUCUAGUACUGGCUGGCCACUAGCUGCUGAGCCUGGUGAGGUUCUUACUUACAAAUGGAACAUCCCAGAAAGAUCUGGCCCUGGACCCAAUGAUUCUGCUUGUGUUUCCUGGAUGUAUUAUUCUGCAGUAGAUCCCAUCAAGGACAUGUAUAGUGGCUUGGUGGGGCCCUUGGUCAUCUGCAGAAAGGGAAUCCUGGAACCCCAUGGAGGACGGAAAGACAUGGACCGAGAAUUUGCCUUGUUAUUCUUGAUUUUUGAUGAGAACCAGUCUUGGUAUCUGGAUGAGAAUGUGGCAACCCAUGGGCCCCAGGAGCCAGACCAUGUUAACUUACAGGAUGACACUUUCUUGGAGAGUAAUAAAAUGCAUGCCAUUAAUGGAAAACUCUAUGCCAACCUCAAGGGUCUUACCAUGUACAAAGGAGAACGAGUGGCUUGGUACAUGCUAGCCAUGGGCCAAGAUAUUGACCUGCACACUGUCCACUUCCAUGCAGAGAGCUUCUUCUAUCGGAAUGGCGAGAGCUACCGGGCAGAUGUGGUGGAUCUGUUCCCAGGGACCUUUGAAGUUGUAGAGAUGGUGGUCAGCAACCCUGGGACAUGGCUGAUUCACUGCCAUGUUACUGACCAUGUCCAUGCUGGCAUGGAGACUCUCUUUACUGUCUUGUCCCAAAGAGAACACUUAAGCAUUAUUACCACCAUCACCAAUGAGAUUGGAAAAGCAGCAAUCUCCAGAGACUUUGUAGAAGGCAAUGUGAGGAUGCUGGGCAUGGAGAUCCCUGUAAAGGAUGUCGAGAUGCUGGCUUCUGUCUUAAUUGCCACCGGUGUCAUUCUCCUGCUCAUUGCUCUAGCUCUUACUGGUGUGGUCUGGUACCAACAUCGUCAAAAAAAACUACGGCGCAACAGGAGGUCGAUCCUGGAUGACAACUUUAAGCUUCUGUCCCUCAAGAACUAACAGCUGGAUCUUGGCACUGUACAUCUGGAAUGCUCUAUUAGCAGGCCAUGGACUAGCAGCUGAUUCCACUGUAAAAGGGGCAUGGGUGGUAGACAUGUAUAGGAGGGAAUCAAACUUGUCUGAGUUUUUUUUUUUUUUUUUCACUUAUUUAUUUACAUAAGAAUGCUAUACUUUCUCUUUUUCUUUAAGUUUCUUUGCCCGAUUUGGGAACAUGAGACCAGGUGAAUCCCCUAGUAUUAUAUAUCACAAAUUUCAAUGGCUAUAUUCUAUCACUCACUGAAACUUGGAAGACCUGGGAAGUCCUAAAAAUGCAUUCAUCUCUCAAAGUACAUACCAAAAGUAAAACACAUUGAAUAGGUUUCUACUUCUUUGCAGCACCUAGGCUAACUGAUUCAGAACCAAGUCUAAGUGAGCUGUAAAGAUAUUGAUAUCUAAACUAAGAACUAAGAACAUGGGCAUGAUGGGGGAAUAAGUGGGGCCAAAUAUGAAGAUCCAAACUGUAUUUUGAUUCUCCUUGGAAGGAAACUAUUUUGGAAAAGUGGGUGGAUGGUGGUUUCCAUGAGCACCUUUAACUUCUGAACCCAGAAGCUCCUCAGAAAGCCAGUCCUCCAAUUUCCUAGCACAAUCACACCGGAGGGAAUGUUAAGUGUCCUCUCCAUAUUUUAGAUAGAAAUUCCUAUACAUUAAAGUACUUGUUAGAACACUAUCAGAAUGAACUUGAUGAUUCCUCUUGCCUCUGGAAAGUUGUGACUGUGAUUGAAAGAAGGGGCACUCUAUGGUGGGGGGAGAAAUGGGUAUAGAAUGGGUCUGCCUAUCCUUUGUGGAGUUUUCAAGCUUGUGUUUUGGA